AUGAUUGGAGGAUUAUAUACCGGUGGCUACCGCGAGGUGUGGUCCAAGCUAAAACGUCGUUAUGAUAAUCCUCGCCUACUGGCAGAAACACAUGUGCAGAUCUUUCUUGAUCUACCGAACCACCCAGCAGAGGCUCCGAAUACGCUGCGAUCGAUCGUUGAUUGUGUGCGCAAUUCAUUUCGUGCACUUGCCGUUAUGGACAUUCCAGUGCACUACUGGGAUGCGUUAGCAGUUCCUGUACUUUUGCCAAAGUUACCAACAACAACGCGGAAUGAAUGGGGAAUGAGCCUCACAACGGUGAGCAUACCGAAGUUGGAAGAUUUGCUGCUAUUCCUCGAACGACGUGCCAACAACAUUACCGUUGCACCACAAACCGUUAGCAUACAACCGUUGGUUAAGCGUUUUGCCUCUCGUACAGUUAAGGCGCACGUGGGCGCCACGAAUAGUACUCAAUGUACAAACGCACCGCCCGCCAACUUUGGUUGCCCUCAGUGCUCAGGUAAUCAUCGUUUAAUAAGAUGUCUUCAGUUUCGAAACAUGGAAGUCCCUGAACGCUGGGAACGUGUAAGGCGUUUAGCAGUAUGUUUUAAUUGUCUACGAUCAGGACAUACCGUCCGCCAGUGUACUUCGGGUGCAUGUUCGCUUUGCAAGCAAGGGCAUAACACCUUACUCUGUCGACGUACAGGUACAAGACCUGUAGAGAAUAUAGCAGAUACGAGUGUAUCAUCAUCAUCAUCAGCAGCUUCGGUAACAACGCCAAGCUCUACAUCAACAAUUAACUCAAGUGCUGCGGCGAACCACACUUCUACCGGACCGCAAGUGUAUUACCGCCAGCAAUGA